UUUUCUUGACCAUGUUAUUUGACAAACAGAACAUCUCUCCUCCUUUCCAUUUACAGUCGCUCUUUGUUUCUCUCACUCUCGUAGCUUCUCUUAGCUUCUAUACUCUAAUCUGAAAUAAUCAUGGCGGCGGCAUGGGCUCGUCAAGCCGCGAAUCUUGCUCGGAUUUCUUCUCCAAAACUGGCUUCUUCUUCCUCUUCAACUUCUCAAGCAUCUUCUCUCAUUCACCGCCGUGGACUAGCCGGUGGUGGCGAUCAUCAUGGACCUCCCAAGGUGAAUUUUUGGGAGGACCCAAUGAGCCCAUCUAAAUGGAAAGAAGAGCAUUUUGUGAUUAUCUCUUUAACUGGGUGGGGAUUACUCUUCUAUGGAGGUUACAAGUUCUUUACUGGAGGCAAAAAAGACAAGGAAGAGAAGGUUGGAGAUGCAGCACACUAGGUAUGGAACAGGGGAAAAUAUAUCUGGAAGUAAGGAUGAAGAUGUUUUUUAUUAUGUUUUUAGAUCCUACAGUUUUGGACAGUUUUUUGUUUGUACAUGACUCCUGAGAGGAUGAUGAAUCUUGGCUUUUUUUUCUGUUGCUGUUCUGAUGCUUUUAUGUAUCCAGUACUUUUGCCUACAUUCUAAUAAUAAGCAGGCCAUUUUCUGAUA